AGUCAGCCUGGAAGGCAUUGGUGACAUGUGUGGUGUCCUGAGUGCCUCUGACGUACCUCCUUCCUUUCCUUGUGUGUAUAAAGAAUCUCAGCUCCUUCUUCCAUCCCAUUACACAGACACCAGGGGAGUGAAACUUGUGCUCAUGCUAUAGAUUACUUUGAUUGCUUUGGCUUCCCACUUACUCCUGGGCUUGGCAGCUAGGAAUGAAAGGUUCUGCGGGGAGAGGAACAUCAUAUGCUUUCUGAACAACUUGUUCUGUGAGUGUUCUGCUGCGAUCGGAGCUCAGCACCUGAAAGCAGGACGUUCUCCCUCUCCCCGCACAAGCUGCAGGCGUCCCUGGAUCUUAUUAUUCGCCUGAACACUUCCAGCCCUCUAGAAAAAAAAAGAAAGACAAAUUCUGCUUGCUUGUUAAACCCACUGACCCAGGCAACAAGUUUAUGGCCAAAUAUCCUGGAAGAACAGCAAAGGAAUUAAGCAGAUCUGUGAUUUCUCCAUUCUUCACUUUAAAGCUGGAGUCCUAAUUCAUUGACAUCGCUGCUGACAGGAGGCAGAGGGACUGCACGAUGCACUGCAGGCUCGUGGUCAGUGUGCUGCUUCUGCAGGGACUGCUCUGCUGCUCAGGUCAUCGUAGAGAUCGUGAGACUUUGCACAAACCUCAACUAAACCCACCAGGAAACCAUUUUCAAAUCAAAGCAGGGGAUUCCUACACUAUAUCCUGCAAAGGAUCUGCCCCACUCACUUGGCUAUGGCAACAGAAACCCUUCUCAUCCAACAGCAGGCUGCACGUGUGGGAGCAGCAGUGCCGAGGGCCUGAUGAAGGGCAUCUCACAUGCAGUCAAUUAACAAUCACAGAUGCCCAAGCUGUGGACACUGGCUUCAUAACCUGUGCAAACAGCAAGCCCAACAGUAACGUAAAAUACAAUGCCAAGAUCUAUAUGUAUGUCAAAGAUGACAAGCAGCCCUUUCUGGAAAUGAACAUACUCUAUCCUGGUCAAGCACUGAUAAUUGAAGAGAAAGAUGAGUUGGUCAUCCCCUGUCGUGUCAGCUCUCCUGACUACAAGGUCGUCUUAAAGAAAUUUAGUGGAGCAGAAGUACAAGAAUCAGGAAUGAUAUGGAACCCCAAAAGAGGAUUCAUCAUAUCUCAACCCUCAUAUGGACUAAGUGAAUUGCUAAAAUGUGUUACAGUGGUGAAUGAAAAGGAUUUUUUCUCCAUAUACAUGCGAAAUUGGGUCCGAACGAAUACAGUGAUUGAGGAUGUGACAGCAAGUAAUGUUAAAGUGUUGGUUGGGGACCCAUUGACACUGAACUGCUAUGGAAAGAGCACCUUCAAUAAUAGGGUGAACUUGGAAUGGGUACACAAAGGGAAGGGUGUACUUUCUAAACUAAUACCGGAUGAGACUGAUCCUAAGUACAAGGCAAACCAAAAGCUUUAUAUUAAGCAUGUUAAGAUGGAAAACCAGGGUGUGUACACUUGCAGAGAUUCUUUCGACCAUACUGUGUCUAAGGAUAUUGCCAUAACAGUUUUUGAAAAGCCUUUCAUAAACAUUAUACCUCCAAAGAGGCAUGUGCAUGAUGUUACUGAAGGACGCAAAGAAUUCAAACUGUCCGCUCGAGUCCACGCAUUCCCGCUGCCUACAGCUUCCUGGUUCAAAGAUGAGGAGCUAAUAGGAAUGAACCAUACAUGUUACAAACCUGACCCAGAUAGGUUCAGUCUCACCAUUAAGAACCCAAGAGAAAAGGAUUCUGGAACUUAUACCAUGGUCUUAACCAAUGAUCGACAUGGAAUAACAACUAGCUUUAACUUCACAGUGGUUGUGAAUGUUAAGCCCAGCAUUUUGGAGAAGGAAACGGACUUUAAAUGGGUCGAACCUGUGGUUAUGGGACAGAAGCAGAGCUUCCACUGUACGGCCUUUGGAAAUCCUCCUCCCACAAUCCACUGGGAGUGGCAGCCAUGUCUACAUGCAAAUACAACGUGCGAAGUGGAUGACAUGGCAGAAAGGAUUCCUGUUUUGCCCAAAAACAAAACAGAUGCGAACAUUGAUGAGAUUAGUGACAACGCUAAUACUGUUGUGGUGGAUGGAAGGAUUAUACAUGAUGAAAAAAGUGUGAAGGUCGUAAGCACCUUGACUAGUUCUCCAAACAGCAAUCAAUCUGGUAUUUUCUUCUGUGUGGCAACAAACAAGGCUGGUAAAGAAGAAAGAGCCAUGCAUUUCAUACUUUCAGAGGUCAAAAGUGGGGUAUUUACAGAAGCUGAGACACCUGUUCUGGAUGGUGGUGAUGUAAACCUGCUCUGCAGGGCAGAUAAAUAUAUCUACACCAACCUAACUUGGACCUACCCUUCAGGAGAACAAGUCCCAGAAUUUCUUACAGAGAUCCUGUAUGAGACACACACAGUCUAUCUAUCAUUGACUUUGAAGAAUGUCACACAGGAGCAGGCUGGAAUAUUCAACUGCUUGGCAUGGAAUCACUACAACAAGGAGGUGGUGCGACGCUUCAAUCAUCUUGUGGUUCUAGAGAAGAAGGCUCCACAGGUAGUACAAGAGCUCGAGGAACUUGUGGUGAACAGUAGCAGCACUUUGUUUCUUGAGUGUCAUGUGAAUGGAACUCCCACACCAAACGUCACCUGGUUAAGGAAUGGCUAUGCAAUUAAACCUGCUUCAGGAAUUACUCUUCUUAACAAUAACACCUUGAUUAUUGAGAGAAUGAAGAAAGAUGAUGAGGGUUUGUAUGAGUGUCAAGCGACCAAUGAGAUGGGGCAAGUUACAACAUCUGCAGUCAUCACUAUUCAUGGUGCUGAGGAGAAGUCUAACAUAGAAGUCAUCAUUCUUGUCUGCACUGGCGUGGCAGCCACUUUGUUCUGGCUCCUUUUAACUUUAUUCAUACGAAAAAUGAAAAAGCCACAUGCAUCAGAGCUGAAGACAGGUUAUCUGUCUAUAAUCAUGGACCCAGAUGAGGUGCCCCUAGAUGAGCAAUGUGAAAGACUACCUUAUGACAGCAGCAAGUGGGAAUUUCCUCGAGAUCGACUCAGUUUGGGUAAAACGCUGGGUCACGGUGCUUUCGGGAAGGUGGUGGAAGCCUCUGCUUUUGGCAUUGAUAAAUAUUCAACGUGCAAAACAGUUGCUGUUAAGAUGCUUAAAGAGUGUGCAACAAACAACGAGUGCAAGGCUUUAAUGUCCGAGCUGAAGAUUCUUAUCCACAUUGGACAUCAUUUGAAUGUGGUUAAUUUACUGGGAGCUUGCACCAAGCCAGGAGGUCCUUUGAUGAUCAUCGUUGAAUACUGCAAGUACGGAAACCUGUCCAAUUACUUAAGAAGCAAACGAGGGGAUUUUAUAUCACAUAAGUCCCAGGAAACAGACAAAUCAGUAGACAGCACAAACAGUGACCUCUCCGAGCUGAUCAAAAGGCGACUGGAAAGCGUGGCCAGCACUGGCAGCUCAGCUAGCUCUGGAUUCAUAGAAGACAAAAGCUAUAGUGACUCGGAAGAGGAGGAAGAAGAUCCUGAAGAUGUGAGCAAGCGACAGUUAACAAUGGAAGACCUGAUUUGCUACAGUUUCCAGGUAGCAAAGGGCAUGGAGUUCCUGGCCUCAAGAAAAUGUAUUCAUCGUGACUUGGCCGCCCGGAAUAUCCUUUUGUCUGAAAAUAACGUUGUGAAGAUCUGUGACUUUGGCCUGGCACGCGAUAUAUACAAAGAUCCGGACUAUGUGCGCAAAGGAGAUGCUCGGUUACCUCUUAAGUGGAUGGCGCCUGAAGCUAUUUUUGAUAAAAUCUACACAACGCAGAGUGAUGUGUGGUCUUUCGGAGUUCUGCUGUGGGAGAUAUUUUCAUUAGGUGCUUCUCCUUAUCCAGGGGUACAGAUCGAUGAGGACUUCUGCUGCCGACUAAAGGAAGGGACCAGAAUGCGGCCUCCAGAAUACUGCACGCCUGAAAUUUACCAAACCAUGCUGGACUGCUGGCAGGGUAACUCUACAGACAGACCUACUUUCACAGACCUAGUGGAGCGUUUGGGGGAUCUUCUUCAGGCUAACGUUCAACAGGAAGGGAAGGACUAUAUUCCACUAAACACAGCGUUGUGCCUUGAUGGAGAAGCAAACAUGAACCCUGGAAAUGAAGAACAAAACUUACGAAAUUCUGUCAUACGAUGGAGCACUUUGGAAGCUGGAAACAACAACAAGAACAGACCGCUGAGUGUGAAGACAUUUGACGAGGUGCCAGUGGGAAAGGACAAUGUGCUCAAUGAGGAGAGUGAAUCAGUGGACAGUGGGAUGGUCCUGUCCUCUGUAGAGAUGAAAAGCAUCAAGCGACAAGAGACUCGAUCAUGGCCAUUUGGAAUGAUUGCCCAUGUUGCUCAUGCAAUGAAAGCUGUCAGCAAGAGCAAGGAGUCUGUCUUAACAGAAACUGAAAAAAAUCAUGUGAAAUACCAGCCAGCUGCCCAAAUUGAAGAAGAUCCCGUGGACUCUAUGCUCGACGAGAUUGUCCACAUGAACAGUGUUCUGAACCUAGAAUGCCACAGCCCACCGCCACAUUACAACUCCGUCUUCAACUAUUCAACUCCACCAGUGUAACAAGUCCAGCGCUGCCUUAUCCUUUUGCUGCUGCUCCAGCUAGCAGCUCCUGGUCGUCUAAUACAGCUACAUUAAAAAAAUAAUGACUGGUCAACCAAACCUUAUGAAGAAUGAAUACCUGUCAGUGUCGUCUCUUGACCUGACCUUAAGAAGGAUAGACUGUUGCGCAGGGUUUCCAGAAGACGGAGCCAGUUCCAGACUGACACGUGGUCUUUUAUCAAAGCACAAUGCCAAUGCAACAUUUUAAAAGAUUGCAUUUACAUUCAUGUAUGCCUUAUAUGUUGUUUGAAUUAAUCAUUUUGUAAACUAA